CCUCUCGUCUCCACAGCUAAAGACUCGAGUUUUUCCUUGAUAAGAAGGAUCGAGAGUAGAGGGACCACUACCGCAUCGUACGUCUUCGACGAUAUCCAUGGGUAACCACGCUUCAUGCAUCCGGCGGAGCACCAGAUCGUGCACGGCCAAGGUGGUGGACUCCGAGGGGAAUCUCCGGCGCGUCGAGAUCCCCGCCGGCGUGGCGGAUCUGAUGCUGGAGGCUCCCGGUCACGUCGUGGCACGCGCCGAGGAGGUGGUGAGGACGCGACGGGUGUCCGGUUUGCGGGCCGACGAGGAGCUGCGGCCCGGAGAGGUGUACCUGCUGCUGCCGGUGGACCGGGUCGGGUCUAAGAUCUCCGACCGGCAGAUCGCGGUCGUGAUCGGCGCCAUCAAAGGUGGGAGGAGGGGGAGGAGGAAAGGGAAGCAGGGAUGUGGGUCAGGGAGACGGGUAGUCCCGGCGGUAGCCGGUGAAGAGGAGGAGAGGGGAGGGGAGGAGAACGGGUUGUUGAUGGAGGGGAAGGCUGGCGGUUUCCCUGGUCAACGGGUUGGUGGUCACCGGCAGUGGAGGCCCGUGCUGGACACCAUCCACGAAUCCAAGUAGGGUUUGUUUAGGUUUCUCAAGUUUACACCAUCAUAUCAUACCAUCACAUGAAAGACACGUGAGUUUUUUUUUUUCCCAAUUGCAAGUGUACAGCUAUCGGGGAUGGGAGCCUAACUAAUAUUUGUUAUUUGUUAGAACAAUUGAGAAUUAACAGGAGAAAGUAGCAUUUUCAUUCUA